AAGAAAGAAGAAAAAGAAGAAUGGAUCGGAUUGAGACAGUGAAAGAGUUACCGUUUCGGGUGGGAUUCACAGGUCACAACGCCCAUAUUCGGAUCCACCCAUUACCCAAUCCUCCUUCUCCUCUGGAUAAUCUACCUGAAUUUAUACUUGCUCCUGCAUUUGUUAAGGAAACACCCGAAUCUAUCAAAAAGUAUGUUGAGGAUAAGUAUCUAUCCCCAAAACUGGACCCGGAUGAAUUUUCUGCAGAGAAAGGAAGGCAGUGGGACUUCGACUGGUUUGACAAAGCAAAGAUUCAUUUAGAUCCUACUAUGCCACGCUCUGUUGUGGUACCUGAAUGGGAUUUGCCAUUCAGACGCCCAUCCCCCGUCCAUCACAAUUGGGAACCAGCAUCCAUACAGGUUGAUGUGUCAGAACUGAUGGUAGAAACCGAUAAUUCUAUCGGAAUGCGGAUUAGUGGACCUCCAAAGGAUUUUGUUAAGGGGAGCAUUAGCAAUCGUCCUUUCCGUCCCGGUGGUUUGGACGAUUCUCAUUCCACUGGAACAACUUUUCCUGAUGGUGCUUCUAAUGGAGAGUGGGUACGGGAAGUCCUGAACGGUGCUUCUGCCCAAGUAAUCCCUCCUAGUUUCAAACAAGGAAUGGAUGUUGGAAACCUCAAGGGGUAUCCAUGUUCAUGGAUCAUGCAUGAAGAUCAAAGAGCGCCCAAGACAACACCCGAGAGUACGUUAUCUGUUCAGUUUGAUGAUUUGUUCAAAAAAGCAUGGGAAGAGGAUGUUACAGAUUUACCCAUUGAUGGAAAUACAUCAGAGUUAGAAAUUGAAGUAACAGAGGUUGAUUCUCCAAAUUCCUUUACAGUGGAAACUGAGAAUAAGUUGGGUUUUCCCGAUGGUGCACUUGACUCUGAAACGACUGUAAUAGAUCAGAUCUUGUCAACUGGAUCCGAAGGAGCGACUAAAGAUUUUGACAAAUCUGGUGAUGGUAGUCAACAAAAGGAGGCAAAGGUGUGGGCAGUUACAGGAGGUAGUGAUGGGAUCGCGGAUGAAUUUAACGAGCUCAUUCCUGACAUGGCAUUAGAUUUUCCCUUUGAACUUGAUGCAUUCCAGAAGGAGGCUAUAUAUUAUCUUGAAAAGGGGGAAUCAGUGUUUGUGGCAGCUCAUACAUCAGCAGGAAAAACCGUUGUUGCAGAAUAUGCAUUUGCACUGGCAUCUAAACACUGCACGAGAGCAGUGUAUACUGCUCCCAUCAAAACAAUCAGCAACCAAAAGUACAGAGAUUUUUCUGGAAAGUUUGAUGUUGGUCUUCUUACGGGUGAUGUUAGUUUGAGGCCAGAGGCAUCAUGCCUCAUCAUGACAACCGAGAUAUUAAGAUCAAUGCUUUACAGAGGUGCUGAUAUCAUACGUGAUAUUGAAUGGGUUAUAUUUGAUGAAGUGCAUUAUGUAAACGACGUCGAAAGAGGGGUGGUUUGGGAAGAGGUUAUCAUCAUGCUUCCCAGGCAUAUCAAUUUUGUUCUCCUCUCUGCAACGGUACCUAAUACAAUUGAAUUUGCUGAUUGGAUUGGCAGGACAAAACAAAAGCAAAUCCGUGUAACUGGGACUACCAAGAGGCCGGUCCCACUAGAGCAUUGUCUUUUUUAUUCGGGGGAGCUAUUCAAAAUAUGUGAACAGGAGAAGUUUAUAUCACAAGGACUUAAAGCUGUUAAAGAUGCCUAUAAUAAAAAAACCAAGGGCACAGUUGGUGGUAGUUCAGGGUCGUAUCCGUUGCUUCCGUCACCUCAUUCUCAAAAACCCAACAGUUUUAUGAGGGGAAAACCAAUCAAACAAACUGGAUCCCAGAACUUGGGAAAUUUUGGUGGUGCUGGUCGCGGUGGUGGAAAUAACAAUUGGGGCUCGAGAAUGUCGGAAAAAUCAUUGUGGUUGUCACUUAUCAAUAAGCUAGCAAAGAUGUCCCUUUUACCUGUAGUGAUAUUUUGUUUCUCCAAGAAUCGUUGUGACAAAUCUGCUGAUAAUCUGCGUGAAAUUGACCUUACAAGUCGUUCGGAGAAAAGUGAAAUUCGUAUUUUUUGUGACAAAGCAUUUUCUCGGCUAAAAGGAUCGGACAGGAACCUACCUCAGAUUGUCAGAGUCCAAGGUCUGCUUCACAGAGGGAUUGGCGUACAUCAUGCUGGUCUGCUUCCAAUUGUCAAGGAAGUAGUUGAAAUGCUUUUCUGUCGUGGUGUUAUCAAGGUUUUAUUUUCGACUGAGACCUUUGCAAUGGGGGUUAAUGCCCCAGCUAGAACGGUUGUUUUUGAUACUGUAAGGAAAUUUGACGGAAAAGAGUUUCGACAAUUAUUACCUGGAGAAUACACGCAGAUGGCGGGGCGUGCUGGAAGGAGGGGACUUGAUGAAAUUGGAAGUGUUCUUGUGAUGUGCCGUGAUGAAAUUCCAGAAGAGAGCGACUUAAAGAAGGUGAUAACAGGAAGUGCAACCAGGCUUGAAUCUCAGUUUCGGUUGACCUAUAUCAUGAUUAUGCAUCUCCUACGUGUAGAAGAGUUGAAGGUGGAGGACAUGCUAAAAAGAAGUUUUGCGGAAUUUCAUGCUCAGAAAAAACUGCCAGAGCAACAGCAACUGCUCAUGCGAAAGCUUGCUCAGCCCACAAAAUCCAUUGAGUGCAUAAAGGGCGAUCCAGCAAUCGAGGAAUACUACGAAUUGUACUUGGAAGCUGAGAGAUAUAGCAACCACAUAACUGAGGCGGUCCUGCAGUCUUCAGUUUCCCAGCCGUUUCUUCUGCCAGGAAGAGUUGUCGUCGUCAAAUCACAAUCUGGCCAGGACCACUUACUUGGGGUUAUCUUAAAGGCACCUUCUUUCAAUAAUAAGGCACCUUCUUCCAAUAAUAAACAAUACAUUGUUAUGGUGCUUACACCAUCUUUAUCUUUAACAUUAGAAACAUCCGAUGGCCAGCAAAAGAAAACGACUGCCGGUCUCCAAAUAUUAAAGCCAAAAUCAAAACGAGGUAUGGAUGAUGAUUACUAUUCUUCUGCCACCACACGCAAGGCAUCAGGUGCUGUCAAUAUUAAACUGCCCCAUCGUGGUAUUGCUUCCGGGACUAAUUAUGAGGUCAGAGAAAUUGAUACUAAAGAAUUCUUGUCUAUCUGCAAUGCCAAAAUGAAGAUUGAUCAAGUUGGGCUUUUGGAAGAUGAUAGCGGUGCAGCUUAUUCCAAGACAGUACAAAGUCUGUUAAAUCAAAAAGUUGAUGGAAAUAAGUACCCUCCAGCCCUUGAUCCAAUUAGAGAUUUGAAGCUGAAAGACAUGAAUCUAGUAGAGACUUACUACAAAUGGGACAGCUUGUUGCAAAAAAUGUCACAAAGCAAGUGUCACAAUUGUGUUAGGUUAGAGGAGCAUAUUAAAGUAGCUAGCGAGAUAAGGAAGUAUAAAGAGGAAGUUAAUGCGCUUAAAUUUCAAAUGUCGGAUGAAGCACUUAAACAGAUGCCUGAUUUUCAGGGUCGUAUUGAUGUGUUGAAGCAAAUCGGGUGUAUAGAUGCUGACCUUGUGGUUCAGAUCAAGGGGCGAGUUGCUUGUGAGAUGAAUUCUGGAGAGGAAUUAAUAUGCACAGAAUGCUUAUUUGAGAAUCAGUUAGAUGAUUUGGAACCAGAAGAAGCUGUGGCCUUGAUGUCAGCGUUUGUCUUUCAGCAGAGAAAUGCUUCUGAACCUUCUCUUACCCCGAGGCUGUCACGAGCCAAAGAAAGGUUGUAUAACACGGCCAUCAGUCUUGGUGAGCUUCAAGGAAAAUUCAACAUACACAUUGAGCCUCAGGAGUAUGCUUCUGAGAAUCUUAAGUUUGGACUUGUCGAGGUCGUGUAUGAGUGGGCAAAGGGAACUCCAUUUGCAGAUAUAUGUGAACUCACGGAUGUCCCUGAAGGCAUUAUCGUAAGAACAAUUGUACGGCUGGAUGAAACAUGUCGUGAAUUUAGAAACGCGGCGGCAAUCAUGGGUAAUUCUGCCUUAUACAAGAAAAUGGAAGCUGCUUCAAAUGCAAUAAAACGAGAUAUUGUCUUCGCAGCUAGCUUGUACAUUACUGGGUUGUGAUAAGAGCAUAGCAUAAGGGAUUUUGGGUAACAGUUGUAUGUUGUAUACUCGUCAAUUCUAGACUUACCAAUGUAAAUUGACAAUACAUUUUAUGUUUUUUGCUGAAAUUUUGCUGGCCAAACUUAACGUUUGUAUCUUCUGAAUUUUUAAAGCGACAUGCAAAUGCUGUUUAAUUUGUAAA